AAUGCCAACCGUUUCAACUUUGGCCAACAUGGCGGCGGAAAUAGAGGCCAGCAAAUAUUUUGUGAGAGAAAUUGAAAAGAAUGACGGUUGCGUGUUAAGAAUGAAGCAGUGCUACAUAGGGGACGUCGGUUGUGUGGUCUGGGAUGCAGCUAUCGUUCUGUCUAAAUAUUUAGAGACUAAACAGUUUUAUAACCCGUCGGCAGGAGCCAACGUGUGGUGUGGCAGGACUGUGGUGGAGUUGGGAGCUGGGACAGGAGUCGUUGGUCUGAUGGCAGCAACACUCGGUGCUCAAGUCAUGGUAACAGACCUAGAAGAUUUGCAGAGCCUCCUCGAUGCGAAUAUUCAAGAAAAUAAGUCACUCAUCAAAAGUGGGUCCAUAUCUGCCAAGGUACUGAAAUGGGGUGAGGAUGUGUCAGAGCUAUUGCCUCCUCCUCAUUACAUUCUCAUGGCAGACUGCAUAUAUUAUGAGCAGGAUGAGAGAGCAGAACGAAAUAAGCAUCCUUCAAAGUUCUGUGAUGCCUCAAACGUUAGCGCCGCUGGCCCUCCCUCCACCAAAGACCAGAAACCAGUGGGGGGAAUGUGGGGCGCAUAUGCGCACUCAGUCUAUUGGUCCGCUGGUGGAGACCUUGAAGCAGCUUUCUGGACCAGAGACCUCCAUUAUCUGCUGCUAUGAGCAACGCACCGAGGGCAUUAACCCAGAAGUAGAAGGAAAGUUUUUUGAGUUGCUGCAACAAAAUUUCAGUUGUGAGAAGAUCCCUUCUGACAAACAGGACCCAGAGUUCAGCUGUCCUGACAUCCACAUUCUACACAUUCGAAGAAAAGACUGAACUUUAUGGCAUGAAAUUUGCUUUGCUGUAAAGAUUUAUACCAGUUUCAGAAAGAUAUCAGAUUAUGACAUACAAAAGCCCUGCUGCCUACAUAGUGUGUGUGUAUUUUUACAAUCUUUUACAUUAAAAAAAAACAAUUUUUUCUUGGCAUGAAAAUAAAAUAUUCUGAAACACC